AAUGUAUACAAAAAAGUGAAACAAAACUUUUUUUGGUCUCAAGAAGUGAUGUAAAAUCGCGAGCAGUUGUGGCCAAACAAUAGCCUCACGAGUGUAUCGACGAUGAAGUACAGCCACGGGCUGAAGAUAGCGGAGGUGAUAGCGGUGGUGAUGAUGGGCUGCGGCGCUAAUCUCGUGUGUCUUGAGGCCAUCAUCAGACAAGCACCUGGCGCUGGGAAUGCCAUCAAUUUGGCACAGAAUGCGCUCAUUUCGGUGGACGGCUUCCUCUUCACCACCAGAUGCGGCACCAAAUCGUCUGCCAUUCCUCUCAAUAAUGGUCUUAAUUAUCUCAUCCAACGGCAUAGGAACUACAUAUUGCUAGUCAUCCAGUUCUUUGUGGUCAGUCUGAGCAGUAGCUACGCUAAUGUGUACCGAAUGCCGAUGCCUUUGAUUAUGAUCUUCCGAUCUGUGAGUGAUUUGUCUGUCAAUCGAUGUAUUAGUGAUAAAACCGAUUCAAACGAUACGAUAUCGCCGUAUGACUGGACAGUUGGCAUCGGAUUAACACUGGUGUCGCUGUUUGUGUCGGCAAAUGUCGGCGUAACUCAAGAGAAACUGCACCUCAAGUUUGGUAAACACCCGCGCGAAGCACUUUUCUAUACUCAUUUUCUACAAUUACCCGUUUUUCUACUGUUGACGUCCGAUAUUGCCAAUCAUUUUGUGAUAUUUAACAAUUCCGACCCUUUUGUAAUCGAUUUGUUAGUGUUAUCGUUAUCUUUACCAAAGUUAUGGUUAUUAUUACUCUUGAAUUGUUUGGCACAAUAUGUAUGCAUACGAAGUGUGUUUGUAUUGACCACUGAAUGCACUUCAUUGACAGUAACACUAGUUUUGACGAUCAGAAAAUUUUUAUCGAUAAUUGUCUCUAUUUUCUACUUCAAUAACCCGUUCACUACUAGUCAUUGGUUGGGAACUGUAUUAGUAUUUAUUGGGACCCUUUUGUUUGUUAACAUUCCCCUCAGAUUUUAUAAACAUAAAGUUAAGUAA